GUUGAGCCCAAUCAAUUGAACCUCCACAUCCAACCAAUGCAAUUUGUGUUGGAUAACAAUCAACCUGGAAAAUUGCAAGGCGAAAUUGUGCACAACGGACCAAACCGAAUAAGCACCUCCUAUAUAGAGCACUACUUUCCGGUCUCUUGUCAACUCCGUUACUCCAUGCUACAUCGGAGCCUGGUGUGGAAUUUUACAAAAUCUAUGCCCUUCAGCAUGCUACUUGAUGGCCCGGUCGAGGUGGAAUGUUUUAAUAAGGAACUGAAUCUGACUAGAACAGUGCGAAAAUUGGUGAGGACAAGUCGAAGCAUAACACCUCGAUGUGUGCUGCCGCGAGCCAUCAAUGUGGACACUUACCCAAAUCAAUACAUCAGCUGUAGACAGACAUUGAUGGCACAGACACGUUUGAGUCCCGUAUCUGCCACGUCGUCUUCCCGUUGUACUGACACAAGUCAAACGUACAUUUAUGAGGAUGGUAUAUUAAACAUCAAGCAGAAGCCGAAAGCCCCCAAAGUUCAAAUUAUGUUCUGCUCCGGAGGAAUCGACAACCAGACAGUAUUGUUUCAUGAUUCUACGCUGAAGCUUGCCCCUAACCCGGUGCAGCCGUUCUACGUUUUUGAUCAACCACGUCCGAUCAGAUUUUAUUUCACUUCCUCGACCGCAUCACGUGAGCAGCGAAGGAUUCUACAUUCACUGGAAAUGAGCUGUGACCUACUAUUGCCCAAUAAUGGGUCAUCCGAAGAAGUGCGCCAAGUCACUAGUUCCAUAGGAAACACCCUGAGCUUACAGAAUCUGACGUUGGAACCACUGUCAGGGUAUUAUCUGGUGCGAUGUGCUGCUUCUGACUACCCUGUCAGGUCCACCUACAAAAUGUUGAUUUUGAGUCUGGGAGUCUACAUCCAAAAAGGCUAACGCUUGCUUUAACUGCUGGCUGUGCCCACG